GUUCGUCCGCGCACGAAUCUCUCUUCUUCUUCUUCUUCUUGCUAGUUCACAGUGCGCAAAAAAUGCAGACGUUGCAGGAGAAGGCGGCGGGUUGGAGCGGGGUGAACACCGCCGACGCCUUCGCCAUUGACGAGACCAAUCUCUUCCAUAAGCUCGGCAUCGAAACAUUUGUUGCCCUCUCCACCAAUUUCUACACUAGGGUUUAUGAUGACGAGGAAGAGUGGUUCCGUUCGAUUUUCGCUAAUUCGAAGAAAGAAGACGCCAUUAGGAACCAGUAUGAGUUCUUCGUGCAGAGGAUGGGAGGGCCUCCAUUGUUUUCCCAGAGGAGAGGUCACCCUGCAUUGAUUGCGCGCCAUCGCCCUUUUCCGGUCACCCACAAAGCUGCAGAAAGAUGGUUGCAUCAUAUGCAACAAGCACUAGACACCACUGCAAACAUUGAUGAUGAUUCCAAAACCAAAAUGAUGAACUUUUUUAGGCACACUGCAUAUUUUUUGGUGGCUGGAGAUGAGUUGAAGAAUCAAGGCCAAGGAGGAGUUGCAUGUAAACAUUCAUCCAAUCAACCAGCUCCAGCAUGAUACCCCACAAUUUACUCCAACGUAGUCUUCUUUUAAAUAAACUUCUCAAUUAUACACUUAAAUUUCUUGAUUUUCAUGCCAGUGGAACUUGAAAAUCCCAAAAUGCCCUGUGUAGUGUAAAAUUACUGUUGUACUAUUAAGUAGAAAGACUAGAAACAAUGAGUAUGAUUACAGCACUUUGCCUAUUGCAUUUGAGGUU